AUGCCCGUGCGACAAAAAGAUGCUCAACGAGCCCUAGAGCUUCUCCAGCAGUACCGGGCCAAAUUGGAUCAGAGGCAGCAGAGCCAGAUAAAACAGGGUCUUGUGGAUGAAGAUCACCAACUGCAUCAGUCUUUGGACAGAGUCAUCAAUGUGUUCCAAAGCAAGCUCUUUAGUGCCCUGCUUGACAUUCAAGAGUACUAUGAGCUAACUCUCCUUGCUGACAGCCAAGGUUCAACUGGAUUGAUAGCUGACAGAGUGGCACCCUCCUCUGACAACGUCAUAGCAGAUUUUAAAGCAGUGCCAGAGAACACUUCUAGUCUUCCCCUCACUCCAUCUUCUGGAGGAACGUAUAAGCCCACAUACAUAUCUCCAGAAUCUAUGUCAAUCAAGUCUCCUGCUCCUCCAAUCCCACCUACAACACCCACAAAACAACCGGUUUCCCCUCCAGUGCAGCCUUGUAAUCCUCAGGCACAGCCAGCCAAGGUCAAGUACCGUGCCCCUCCUCCUCCUGUCCAGGAUGGGGCCUUGACCUCUACUGUCAUGGAGAUUUCUAAGCCUUCACCCCCCUCUGAAACUACAACUGCAGUAAUGCAGAAAGGUGUGGCAUCCUGCACCAACCCUCCAUCAGUAACACAGAAUCCGAUAUCAGAAAAUGGUACCACUGAACCUCAUGAACCCACCAACACCAUUUUAGCUUCAGAAUGCUCUUCAACUAACCCUGAAAUAAGUCCUGCUUGUUCCACUGAUCAAGUGACUGUUUCAAGCCUUGUCUUGGGCACCAUCCAAGGCUUAGUGUCUAACUCCACGCCAGACAAACUCUCCCUAGGUCCUCACACCAGCCCAGCUACAAACACUGUCACAGAUGCUACUAUCGUCACUUCGACUCCUGCAGCCAAUGAGGAUAAAGGUUCAGGUGAAAACACAUUAAAAUCAAAUUCUACAAUUCCCAGCCAACUAAACCUUCCCAGCAGUCCUUCAAAGCCACAAAGCAAAGGACCCCAAAAGAGCCCCGGGCCAAUUAAAUUCAACCACUCUCCCUUGAGCACUGGUCCAGCCAGUCCCAGAGGUACUUCAAGCCCAGGGGUCAAGAAGUAUCAAUACCCAGAAGAGGAAGGGGCAUCACUAGGCCUCCCAAAAUUUCAUCAACAUACCUGCCAUCAUCAUCCAAUGGGAGGUAUCAAAGAGUUGACCGAUGCAAGGACGCUCAGGAGGGAAGGGACGGAUCAGGGCACUUGGAGAAGAGAGGCAGGCGGUAGUGGAUCUAUGGAACGAGAGAUGAGAAGAGACAUGGAAAGCUCUGUGAUGAGGGAUGGGUCUCUUAGUCGCCACGGUGAUCUCCGUGGGGCAGAGCUGGUUCAGGUGGCAGAGCGACAGCUCUCUCAGAUUCAGCAUGUCCAUGGAUAUGUCACUCAUGCACAUGUCACACCUGCUCAGGCCAACCCCCCUCCAUUGGUGGUCAACACAGACAGUGUCGACACCCCCCCAUAUGUAAAUGGAACAGAAGCAGACUAUGAAUAUGAGGAAAUCACAUUGGAGCGGGGUAACUCAGGUUUGGGCUUCAGUAUUGCUGGAGGGACUGAUAAUCCCCAUAUUGGAGAUGAUCCGUCCAUCUUCAUCACCAAGAUUAUUCCUGGAGGGGCCGCAGCCCAGAAUGGACGACUUAAGGUGAAUGACUCCAUAGUCCGAGUAAAUGAGACGGACGUCAGGGAAGUGACCCACAGUGGGGCGGUGGAGGCACUGAAGGAUGCCGGAGGUCUCGUCAGACUGUGUGUCCGACGCAAGAAGAGCCUUACUGAUAAAAUAUUGGAUAUCAAGCUUGUGAAGGGUCCAAAAGGUCUCGGAUUUAGUAUAGCUGGUGGAGUUGGAAAUCAACAUGUUCCAGGUGACAACAGCAUUUAUGUGACAAAGAUCAUUGACGGCGGGGCUGCACAAAAAGAUGGACGGCUACAGAUAGGGGACAAACUUGUUGCUGUAAAUGCCUCUUGUUUAGAAGAGGUUACUCAUGAGGAAGCAGUUGCAGCUCUCAAGUCAACCCCGGAUGUUGUUUAUCUACGCGUGGCCAAACACACCUCUCUCUUCAUCAAUGAAACGUUUCCACCUCCUGAUGUCACAAAUUCCUACGUCCCACAUCAGGACAAUCACAUAAGCCCCUACAUGAGUGGGAGCCAGUCUGUUAGCCCUGCCCCACUGACCACGCCCAGAUACUCGCCAAUGCCCAGGUCCAUGACUACAGAUGAAGAUUUCCCAAGGGAGCCGAGGCGCGUGAUGCUCCAGCGAGGUUCUACAGGUCUUGGUUUCAACAUUGUUGGGGGGGAGGAUGGAGAGGGAAUCUUCAUCUCCUUCAUACUGGCUGGUGGUCCAGCUGAUCUUUGUGGCGAACUCCAUAAGGGUGACCGGAUCCUCUCGGUGAAUGGUGUGGACUUGUCUACUGCGACACAUGAGCAGGCUGCUGCAGCUUUGAAGAACGCAGGACAAACUGUCACCAUUGUAGCACAGUACAGACCUGAAGAAUACAGUCGUUUCGAGGCGAAGAUUCAUGACCUGAGGGAACAGAUGAUGACCAGCAGUGUCAGUUCCAGCUCCACGUCGCUCAGAUCCACCCAAAAACGGACCCUUUAUGUCAGAGCGCUAUUUGACUAUGACGGAAGUGCAUCAGACGUGAGCACCACAAACCAGGCUCUGCCCUUCCGCUUUGGAGACAUCCUCCAUGUGAGCAGUGCUGGUGAAGAAGAGUGGUGGCCUGCACGUCACCUCAGCCCCCCACCCCAAAACUGCCCAGAGGUUGGAGUCAUCCCCAGCCGGAGAAGGGCAGAGAAAAAGGAGAGGUCCAGGUUAAAGACAGUCUACGUGUCGAGGACUCAGGAUAGAUCGGAUCAAGAUGAAAGGGCUGGCCAAGAAGAGACACUCCUAACCUACCAGGCAGUUAUACAGCAAGAAGUGAAUUACACAAGACCUGUUAUCGUGCUUGGACCAAUGAAAGACCGAGUCAACGAUGAUCUCAUCUCUGAGUUUCCAGAAAAAUUUGGCUCAUGCGUCCCACACACAACUCGGCCACGGCGGGACUAUGAAGUGGACGGCAGAGAUUAUCACUUUAUGGCCUCCAGAGAGCUAAUGGAGCGAGAGAUCCAAGAGCAUAAAUUCAUCGAGGCGGGACAGUAUAACAAUCACUUGUAUGGAACGAGCAUACAGUCUGUUCGAGAAGUCGCUGACAAGGGUAAACACUGUAUACUGGAUGUAUCAGGGAACGCCAUAAAGCGCCUGCAGCUCGCAGGCCUUUAUCCCAUCGCCAUCUUCAUUAGGCCACGCAAUGUUGACAACAUCCUAGAGAUGAAUAAACGUUUUACAGAAGAUCAGGCAAGGAAGUCGUACGACAGAGCUGUCAAACUGGAGCAAGAGUUCACAGAAUAUUUCACUGCUUUUGUCCAUGGUUCCUCUCUUGAAGAAGUGUAUUCACAGGUGAAGCAAAUAAUUGAGGAGCAAUCAGGUCCUUACAUCUGGGUGCCCACUAAGGAGCGGCUCUAA